AUGGGUUUCGUCAACUUCAAGAACUAUCGGCUCUAUAUCUUGACAGCCACGGCCUACAUGGGCUCGUUGCUUUUCGGAUAUGACACCGGUGUUAUGGGUUCAGUCCUUGCCCUCUCGAGUUUCAAAAAGGAUUUCGGUCUCCCAGUCGAGUCUUCGGGCUUCAGCGACAAGGAAAAUGCCCAAAUCUCAUCCAACGUUGUCUCGUUGCUCACAGCCGGAUGUUUCUUCGGUUCCAUCGGUGCUGCAUACAUGAAUGACCGACUUGGUCGUCGAUACUCUCUCAUGAUCUUGGUUGUGAUCUUUAUGGUAGGAGCAGCUCUGCAGGUCGGCGCUCAUCAUGAUAUUGGCUUGAUCUAUGGUGGUCGUGUCAUCGCCGGUCUGGGUAUCGGUGGAAUGUCUUCUAUCACACCCGUUUACGUUUCCGAGAACUGUGCGCCUGAGAUCCGUGGUCGUGUUGCCGGAUUGUUCCAGGAGUUCUUGGUCAUCGGUAGUACAUUCGCCUACUGGCUUGACUAUGGCGUUGCCCUCCAUAUUCCCGAGGGUACAAGCCAAUGGCGCAUUCCGGUAGCGAUUCAGCUGGUCCCUGCUGGUCUGAUGCUUGUCGGGUUGUUUUUCUUGAAGGAAUCUCCCCGCUGGCUGAUGAAGAAGGGCCGCAGCGAAGAAGCACUUGACUCUCUCGCUUAUAUCCGCAAUGAAUCUGAGACGAGUGAAGCCGUUCAGCUUGAAUUCGCUGAGAUCUCUGCUGCAAUCCACGAAGAGAACCAGGCUACCGAGGGCAUGACAUGGAAGGAAUGUCUGAAGCCGACCAACCGAUACCGUUUCUUCUUGGCAUUUGUUUUGAUGUUGUCGCAACAGUUCAGUGGAACGAAUUCCAUUGGAUAUUAUGCGCCUCAGAUCUUUGCAAGUGUCGGACUGAGCAAGACAAACUCUGGCUUGUUUGCCACUGGAAUCUACGGAACUGUGAAGGUAGUUGCUACCGCUAUUUUCCUGAUCGUUGGUAUCGAUCGCUGGGGCCGAAAGAAGAGUUUGAUCGGCGGUUCUGCUUGGAUGGCCAAUGCCACUUCGGUCUCAUCUGCAUCCAUCGCCAUGGUCGCGAUGAUUUACCUUUAUGUUAUUGGAUAUUCUGCAUCUUGGGGACCAACUCCUUGGGUGUAUCUUGGCGAGAUCUUCCCAACUCGUCUUCGUGCAUACGGUGUCGGAUUUGGAGCAGCCACCCAAUGGCUGUUCAACUUUGUUAUCACUGAGAUCACCCCACGGGCCAUCAAUGAAAUUGGAUGGAGGACCUUCCUGAUGUUUGGUAUUUUCUGCUUUGCGAUGGGUGUUUUCGUGCUGGUAUUUUUCAAGGAAACCAAGGGCCGCACCUUGGAAGAGAUGGAUCUCAUUUUCGGCGCUGUUGACGAGCAGCAGAGACGUGCGGAUGUCGAGCACACCUUGCAGAAGUCACAAAUCGUGCAUGAGGAGAACGCUCAGAACGCCGAGACGGAGGCUGGAAAGACUAGAGCAGAGACACACUAG